GUGUCCAGAGCGCGACGACGAGUCUGAGGGACCAGCGGAAGGCUGAUGGCAUCGGCGGGGACAAACAGGAGCCGGGCUGCCCCGAAAAAAAACACCGCGGCGGCCCAGGGUCCCCGCCGAAAGCGGCAAUGGAGGCCGGACCCGCGGCGGAGCUUUCUGGGGAACGUUCGGGAGGGACAAGGAUUUGCAUUUUGGAGAAAGCAAAAGAUCCAACGGGAAUACAAGAAAUUACUAAAAAAGGAAGGAAAGGCACAUCCUCAAUGUAAAGUUCAAUAUACAAAUUCUUACCCAGAGCACUUGAAGCAUCUCUAUUUAGCUGAAGAGGAAAUGCUUCGAAAACAAUCAAAAUCUAAAAGAACUGAAGUUUUGUUAGAACAAAAAUGCAGCACAACAGUAACGUCAGAUGCGACUCAAAAGAAGUUUAAAAAGAAAACUUCAAAUCAAAAAGCAAAAGAAGAAUAUGAGAAAAUAAGGGCUGAACGUGCCAGGAAGAAAGAGGAAGCCGAGAAAAGGAAACGAGAAAGAGAAGAAGCUCAAAGGCUCUACAAGCAAAAGAAAAUGGAAGCUUAUAAAAUAUUAAGUAAAAGGACCGCAAAGGGACAGCCAAAUCUAAAUUUACAAAUAGAAUUUCUCCUUCAGAAAAUACAACAAAAACCAUAGACCAGAUUAUCUUCUCUUUUCAGUGAAUUAAAUCAAUCCACUAAAUACAUGCAUUGACUGGUACUUUGUAUUAUAGGUGAUAUAUUUUUACGAGAAAAUAUGGCAACUAUUUUUGUUUGUUCUAAUUAUUGGUCCAGGAUUGUGCUGGAAGAAGUCAUUGGUCCUGAAAAAAUUUGUUCUGGUCUGAAAAUAAUAUUUCUAGCUCAAGUAGAUUAUGGGACAUUGAACUUUUACAAUAAAUGUUCUAAUUAGCACCUUGCUUUAUUCUCCACUUCAGUUCUAUACUUGAUUUUUACUAGCUAUUAUCCCAAAUUGCUAGUUUGAGACUUUUUACCGUUUUGAGAGCUGGGAUUCCAUGAUGCUUUUCAGAUGGCAUAAAGCAUUUGUUUUUAGCUCUAGCAGGUCUUGUGUUAUUGGCUGCUGAAAUCAUGUCUGUUAAAUAGGGAGAAACAGGAUGGUAAACUUUGUGAACGUGAUGUCUAAUGAACUGCCAGGGCUAGGAAUUGCAUUUCUUAUGCCAUUUGAAAGCUCAGAAUAUGGAAACCCAGAAUAUAAAUUAUAUUGUGUGGCUUUUAUUAUGCCAUUCCUCCCUCUUGCUCUUCCCUCGCCCCCACACCCCUCCUAAAAAAAUGAGGAGUGGAUAAAACUUGCCCAAGUCUAAGACCUUCUAAUCAGUUCUGGUCUAGUGCUAUAGAGUGAUAAUUUCAAGGUCUAAUAUGUUGUGAACCAUCAUGGAUAGAAAAGUGUACUUUUAUAGAUAGGCAAAGUGACUUACUCACAGUCUCCCAGCAAGCAGUCAGGAAUAGAACCAGUUGUCCUAAAUCACAAUCUAGUGCUCUGUGUGCUUCAGUUUCCUCUUCUGUAAGAUGGGAAUAAUAAUACUGAUCUACUUUGCCAAGCAGUAUGGGAUCUGCUGAUGGAUAUGUGCUGGGUAAGAGCUAGGUAUUAUAUUCAUUAUGUUCAAUUCUGUGGCCUAUUCUAAGAUGCCAGUGGAUUUUUAAGUAAAUCUCUGACCUCUGCAAUGGAAAUAAGACAUUUUGACUACUCCUUGAGAAGUGAAGACAGUCUCAUUUGCAUCACUGCUUUAGAACAUUUCCAUUGCACUCAUUAGGAUAAGAUUUUCCAGAGAUUAGUGUGCUCUAUCUAGGUUUUUUCAGUUGCACAGAGAAUGUGUUUUGGUAAUUUGCGUGUUAGCUAAAUAUCUUCGCAUAUUUUGUUUAUGCCUCUUGAAACAGAUCUUCCGAUAAAUAAAUUUGAACUCCAUAUA